AGAAGGACUGGGUUGAUAUUUCCAGCAUGUCUGCCACACAUUAGCUCAGUGACCUGAUUCAGCACACAGACAUUUUAGGUACUUCCCAGGUGGCAAUGUCCAAUACAAAGUCCGAGAUGUUUUCGGUAAAGUGCUGGGUUCUUGUAUAAUUAAAGGAUUGCUGCAGUUGUGAAGGUAACAGAAUGACAUCAGUUAAUCUACCAUUUAAUUUCAGUGAUUUUGACUAAAUGAUAAAAGUAAUUAUAUCAUCAUCAUACAUAACAAAGUUGCGCACUGACUGGUGUCUGUUUCACAUUAAAUAUUAAACUUAAGCUUUUUCAUUUUUGUAAUAUCAGUAAUUUUAUGACCUUGCUCAAGGCUUUGGUAAUUGAUGGGAAAUGUGUAAGUUUACAGCUUGCAUAAUUACUAAACACAAAAUACUAUCCAGGUAAAAAGACUAAUUGGGAUCAAUAAUGUCUUUUUCAAGAGAGAUCUAGCCAAGAUGGCAGCAGAAAUUGCAGAAAAGUAUAACAUAAUAGUUCUACAGAUAUACUAUUUGUCCAAAAAAAGACUGGAGUGAUUACAGUGUAGAACACAGAGUGGGUACAAUAAAGCAGAGUCAUAAGAAUACUUUCAAAACAGGUGAUUUCUUUAUUUUAUAUACAUCCCUUCAUGUAUCAUCUUGACUAAAACCUGUUUAUCAGUAUGAGCAAAGGCAUUAGGAAUAAAAUUUAAAAAAAAACCCGCCUGAAAUGAACACAUGCUCACUUUGUAAAGAAAAGAGAAAACAGACACUUAUGGAUACACUGUUACUGUUAGUAACAUUUAAAGAGACAACAGCCGCCUGCUGUUUAUCACAGGAAAGUUGCGCAUACGUCAUGAUGACGUUGCACGGGGGAAGCUCGCCAAGAUCUGAGCGGAAGGAGCGUGUGAAAACUCUACAUUAUUCCCGGUGCCUUACGCAAGAUAGUUUUAAGUUUAACUCGGCAUUAUGUCCACGAUGCCCAGUCCAAAUAUAAAUCAGCGGCUCGCGUUGUUUUCAUUACCGGAAAUCGUCAUAGCUGCGGCUGAAAGAGUCUGCAGCAUCUGCUAGCGUAGCGAGCUAACCGCCGGCAGCCGGCGUUCACGGUCAGGAAGCCGGGUGGGAAAAAAAGGUGGCGCUCUCUGAAGGUGGUUCGUCGGUGUUAAUAAUUUGCGAAGCAGACGAUUGCGCAGUAAAAAUAAGAAGACCGGCGGCAGAUACCUCGAGGUUGUGUCAGUGAAGAAGAAUACAUGUUUCCAGCUAACGUUAAGGGUCAGCGUUAAAUUAAUACUUUAGGCUAACUGCUGCUCGGUAACGACAGGCAGCUCAACUCUACAAAGGUGCUCCGGGACAUGGCCAGUAAUCCCGCGGCUACCUGCCAGGCUAAUGGAGACAGCAAGCCGGGAGGAGUGCCCGCCGCUCGGCGUUCGUGUGGCCACCGGUCCGAGUCUGAAUCUGAUGCUGGACUGACUUCGAAGAGCUUAGCGCGAUUGUGCAGCAGGGAUGACGGGGAGCGGAGAGCGGCUCUGGAGGAGUUAAGCCAAGGGGUUCUCCAGUGUUUAGACCUGGAGCGGCACGGCUCGGAGCGACUGCGUAAACAAACUCUUCUGCAUCUGCUCCGGCUGUCCAGGUCGUGUCCGCUGCAGGAAGUACGGGAGAGAGCCGUCGAGCUCCUGCGGACCGCACAGGAGCAAGGAGUCCAGGUACCUCGGGCUCUGGCCUCAGGUCCAAGUGCCUUUAUCCCUGCAAAAGAGAUUUUAAAAGGAGGGCCAAACCAGGAUGUCCUGAUUGAGUCUUUUCUUUCGCUGGGGCGUGUGGAUCACAUCUCUAUGGUCAUGGCGAUGCACCCAGCCUACCUCUGCUGCUUCCUAAAGACCCAGCAUGCUUUGUUGGAGAUGGACGGCCCCUUGCCCCGUCACUGGAGACACUACAUUGCUGUCAUGGCUGCAGCUCGGCACCACUGCUCAUACCUGGUGCAGCAGCACAGCGCAGGCUACUUGGAGGCCGGAGGGGAGGAGAGCUGGCUAAGCGGCCUGGAGCACGCUCCCGCCAAACUCCGCAGCUUGCAAACACUCAACAAGCUGCUGGCACACAGACCCUGGCUCAUUACGCAGCAGCACAUCCAGGAACUGGUGUGCCCCGGAGCAGAGCCUCGCUGGUCACUGGCUGAACUGAUACACGCCGUGGUGCUCAUGGCGCACGCUCACUCGUUGUGCUCGUUCGUUUGGGGCUGUGGUUUAAACCCAGAACCUGACCACAUUGGGGGCUACACCUUUCAGCCUCCAUCACUUUCUCACAGUCCUCACAGCCCCGCACACAGCCCCGCUCACGAGGACGGCAGGCACGAGCUGGCUGAUGGAGCCGUGGAGGUGGAGGUGCUGAUGAAGAGGAUGGUGGAGCUGCAGCAGCAGCAGGAGGAGGAGUGCACACAGGAGGAGAUGGUUACUCGCUUUGAAAGGGAGAGGAGCGAAAGCAUACCUACGGGUACAGAUCUGACUGCUUACCCCUGCAUCACUCUCAGUCACCUGUUGACUCACCACUUCCUCUCUGUUGUUGGUUUAGCGGUGGUGAGGGGCGCUCCACCUGACCUGGUGUUGCGUCUUGUGGAGGAACCAGAAUUCAGAUAUGAGGACUUUGCUCCCAGAGGAGAGCAGGCACCACCCACCAUGCGAGCACAGGACUAUUCAUGGGAGGACCAUGGAUUCUCUCUGCUUAACAGGCUCCUGCCAGACAUGGGCCAGCUAUUGGAUGAAAACUUUCAGAUUGUGUGCAACUUGACCUACCACAGGAUGGCCAUGCAUGAAGGCGUGGAUACUCACACUCUAAGAAAAGCUCUGUGGAACUACAUCCACUGUCUUUAUGGAAUACGAUACGAUGAUUACGACUACGGCAGUGUGAACGUGUUGCUGGAACGCUCUCUGAAGGUGUUUGUAAAAACCAUGGCCUGUCACCCCGAGCAGACCACAGCACGCAUUUACCACUCCUUCUGGAGACACUUCAGACACUCUGAAAAGGUUCAUGCCAACCUAAUAGUGAUGGAAGCCCGGCUACAGGCGGCACUUCUCUACAUCUUACGAGCUAUUACACACUACAUGAGAUGACAGCCUCGCUUCACUUGCACACAUUUUUGCAGAUGCUGAGCCAGCUGUGAUUUACACCACAGUCCAAUCCUUGUGUACACACACACACACACACACACACACACAC